UAACCGGUUUUGCCUGGCAGAGCCGGCAGCUUCAGGCGCCGCAGCCGCGGUACUCGCCCCGCGGCUUCUCCCGCGCUGUGGUGGUGUCAGGUGUGGCUUAGCUCGGGUCAGUACAAUGAUCCGGCAGGAGCUCUCCACAUCCUACCAGGAGCUGAGUGAGGAGUUGGAUCAGGUGGUUGAGAACUCGGAGCGGGUGGAUGAGCAAGAAAAGGAGACAGACGGAGUGCAAGGUCCAGGAAUCUUACCAGCCCUGGACAGCGAGUCUGCCUCUAGCAGCAUCCGCUUCAGUAAGGCCUGCCUGAAGAACGUCUUCUCUGUCCUGCUCAUCUUCAUCUACCUGCUGCUCAUGGCGGUGGCCGUCUUCCUGGUCUACCAGACCAUCACAGACUUCCGCGAGAAACUCAAGCACCCUGUCAUGUCGGUGUCUUACAAGGAGGUGGAUCGCUAUGACGCCCCAGGUAUUGCUCUGUACCCUGGACAGGCCCAGUUGCUCAGCUGUAUGCACCACUACGAGGUCAUCCCACCCCUGAGGAGCCCUGGCCAGCCCGGGGACGUGAACUGCACCACCCAGAGGAUCAACUACACGGACCCUUUCUCCAGCCAGACCCUGAAGUCCGCCCUGAUCGUGCAGGGGCCCCGGGAGGUGAAGAAGCGGGAGCUGGUCUUCCUCCAGUUCCGCCUGAAUGAGAGCAGCGAGGACUUCAGCGCCAUCGAUUACCUCCUCUUCUCCUCCUUCCAGGAGUUCCUGCAAAGCCCGGACAGGGCGGCAUUCAUGCAGGCCUGCGAGAGCGCCUAUUCCAGCUGGAAGUUCUCUGGCGGCUUCCGCACCUGGGUCAAGAUGUCCCUGGUGAAGACCAAGGAGGAGGACGGCCGGGAAGCUGUGGAGUUCCGGCAGGAGACGAGUGUGGUCAACUACAUUGACCAGAGGCCAGCCGCUGAAAAAAGCGCUCAGUUGUUUUUUGUGGUCUUCGAAUGGAAAGAUCCUUUCAUCCAGAAAGUCCAAGAUAUAAUCACCGCCAAUCCUUGGAACACAAUUGCCCUGCUCUGUGGGGCCUUCUUGGCGUUAUUUAAAGCAGCAGAGUUUGCCAAACUGAGUGUGAAAUGGAUGAUCAAAAUUAGGAAGAGAUACCUCAAAAAAAGAGGCCAGGCAGCAAACCACAUAAGCUGAAGUGGCCUUGUGUUCGCAGAACUGCUCACAGCGAUGGACGUUCUGGUCACUUCUGCGCGGAGAAACGAGCCGCUGGCAAUCCUGUGCUCACUUGAAACGGGCCUUGCUACGAGAACAGCCUGCCGGCCUGCAGCUUCUAACCUGGCCCUAAGAGAGGAUGUUUAAAGCAUAAUGGAACAGAUCCAAUGGAUAACCUAAAACUUAUUUAAGUAUUUAAAUUAUUAACGAACAUUUUUGGAUAUAUGAUGAGGGAUUGUGGAAAAUGGAAUCAGAUCUGUAUCAAAGUUUUCUGAAGGUUUGUGGAAGUUGCCUUUCUUAUUACUUGGUUUGGUGCAUAGUUAGGCUCUCAUGGGAUAAAUAAGAUUCUUUUUCCUUAGCUUCUCCCCCGCUCCAGCCCCCACCCCAAGUUUCUAAAGUGGACAAAGAGAGUGUGGUUUUCUUUUUCCUCCAAAUCCUGCUUCUGUAGGUGUGCAGGUUAUGCUUUGAAACCUCUGCCCACCAUACCCAAAAGCAAGAAUCCUGAGGUCUUGGGUGUCAAUUGCCAGUUACAUCAUCUGGCCUCUUGACUUGCUUUUUCCUUUGUUAAAUAUGAAAUGGGGCUUUUUUUUUUUAAAGCUACUAGAAACCAGUAAUACAAUUUCUUGUAGGUCGACUAGCUACCACCCUGUGUGGCUAGAAUAUGUGUUGAUGCAGAUGUAAGACCGCAGAGCCAUUAACAUUGCAGAAGCACUGGGACAUAUGUACAUAGGAGGUGCCUACUCAGUGUAUUUUGAUGAUUUUGUUAACAGGUAAAUAAAAGUUAGGUUAAUGCAAAAA